AAGAAAAAUAAUCUUCUGCCGGGUCCUGAAAUCAGCAUGAUCCGGGUCAAGAUUGUGACUCGAGAAUCUGAUUAGAGCAAACCCCGUCGGUCGGCGAACAAACGCGAUGCUCGGCGACUCAUUCUCUCAGCAUGAACUUAUCUCCACGACGCUGCUUCGUCGAUUUGACCAACCCUCGCAGAGAAGCAAUAAUCCUUUCGCCUUGUUACCGUUCUACCUUGUCACGCAAUAACAUUCCCCAUGGCGUCUCCGGUAUCCACUUCUGAAGCACCAGCCGCGCUUGGCCCCUACUCGCAAGCCACCAUCCUUCCUCCCGGCGCCCGGCUCAUCUACGUCUCGGGCCAAAUCCCGCUUCACGCCAAUGGCACCUUGACAAGCGGUACAUUCGGCGAGGAAACCGCCGUCUGUCUCUCAAAUGCCGCGGCGAUUCUCAAGCAAGCCGGGACUAAUCUGGGAAAUGUCAUCAAAACUACAGUUUUCCUUACCGACAUGAAUGAUUUUGCGGCGGUUAAUGCAGAGUAUGAAAGAUGGUUCCCCGGAGAUGUUAAGCCUUCUAGGAGUUGUGUGGAGGUUAGAAACUUGCCCAAAGGGGCCAGAGUUGAGGUCGAGGUCAUCGCGUUUAUCUGAGUGUGUAGAAGAGAGUUAAGUUGUUUCAGAAUGGAGGUUCAAGUUGGAUCACCGAGUCGCCGUUCGGCUUGGAGGUGUUCCCCGCAGCGCAAUCGACCUCGUCCCCUCUCCCUCCAGUAUCUCCAUGUGGAGCCUAAAGUUUAAACUCUCAAGACUGGCC